GAAUAUGGUGUCCAUGAGACAGAAAAUUAAGUCCUCUUUCUACUUCGAGCCCAAAAUGGGACUGUACCCCUUUGAUUGCCAGUCGCUUCCAAUUGAGGUUAGCAGUUCACGCGAAAUAGACGAAAUUGAAUUAGACGAAGAUGAAUACGAGUGCUGCUCAAUCAAUAUCUCCAGUAGCACAAGUCGCAAUCACAACCAUCAAAGUAGUGACUUCUCAAUCCAGACGCUGGUCUCAACAUCACGCGAGAUCUCCCUGGAUUGUCUGGAUGAGUCCAGUCAUCAUGUGUUCACGUGCACGGCCUAUGCAUGUCGUACCUGGAUAUCGCACAUGCUUUUUACACUCUUGCCAAUCUUUCUUCUUGCCUUCGCUGUCGUCCUUAUAGGCGGCAUUUUACCCCAUAGCCAGUCUUCUUCUGCACCCCAAGAAAUAUCAGAUGACUCAUCAUCAUCAUCGUCAUCAUCAUCACCUGUCUCUUCCUACAAUCAUGAGAUAUCUUCCGAAUUGACAAGAGUGGCUAAUCCGAUUAUUCUACUGAUCGUUUCGUGCUUCUUUGUACUUCUGUCAAUUAAGACAGGGUCUUUUGAAGCAACACGAAAUACUGGAUCCAACACUUUGUUGGGCGUGUACAUUGUGUCUCACUGCAUAUUCGUCCUCCUGCUAGCCAUCAAAUACAUCUCCGAGAUGGGCGGAGUGUCUACUAAUGGCCGACAACAACAGCAGCUCCUUUUCUUCCCGCCUCUUGAAGUGCAACUGGGAGGGGGGAGAGUUCUGGGAUUGGGACAAAUUGCAGCACUCAUUCUGUUUCUGGCAAUCAAUUUCGUCUUCUAUAUCUCAGUCGUUAUACUGCUCAUCUGGAGGUGUAUUGGGAUGAAGCGGAAAGCUCGUCGUCUGAUGAAGCGACAGACGGACUACCGGAGACUGAGGAGUGCACGUGAACACAGCGUGCAGUCUUUCUCCAACAUCUCACGCAACAAACUCCACUCCAAAAACAGGCACCGCACCACAGCUGCUCAGGUACGGCCACGCCCCUUCUCAGCGGCAGUAGUGACCAGUGAACAUGCGGGGGCGAUGCCUCGAUCCAAAUGGCGUCUAGAGCAGAGUAACAACCCCAGUGAGAACAACAGUAGCAGUGGUGACCUUUUCGACCACGCCCCCUCUCCCGAUUCGCACAUGCCAAGAUCCAUCUCGUUCCCAACAAGUGUCAUUCACGGAUUCAAAGAGAUACCCGUGUGAUUACAGCAGUCAAUAAAGAAACAGAACAAUAUUUAAUAACUUUUAUUAACGAACUUAUUUGUUACAUUUUAACACACGUUAAAUUUUUACAUUUUACAUUUAUUACUUGAAAGUC